CGCCUCCUCCUGCACCAGCAGGGGCAGGCCCCGGAGAAGCCCCCUCGUUCCUGAUGUGACUCCCAGUGGCUGGGCGCUCCAGGCAUGGCUGCCACCAUCUUCGGCAGCGGGAGCCAGCAGUGGGUGUGCCCCAACGAUCGGCAGCUGGCCCUGCGCGCCAAGCUGCAGACAGGCUGGUCUGUGCACACCUACCAGACAGAGAAGCAGAGGAAGAGCCAGUGCCUCAGCCCCGCCGAGGUGGAGGCCAUCCUGCAGGUCAUCCAGAGGGCCGAGCGGCUGGACGUCCUGGAGCAGCAGAGGAUCGGGCGGCUGGUGGAGCGGCUGGACACCAUGCGGCGCAACGUGAUGGGGAACGGCCUCUCCCAGUGUCUGCUCUGCGGAGAGGUGCUGGGCUACCUGGGCAGCUCGUCGGUGUUCUGCAAAGACUGUCGGAAGAAAGUCUGCACCAAGUGUGGGAUCGAGGCCUGCCCUGGCCAGAAGCGGGCCCUGUGGCUUUGUAAGAUCUGCAGUGAGCAGAGAGAGGUCUGGAAGAGGUCGGGGGCCUGGUUCUACAAAGGGCUCCCCAAGUACAUCCUGCCCUUGAAGACCCCUGGCCGGGCUGAUGACCCCCACUUACGACCUUUGCCUGUGGAGCCAACUGAGCAAGCUCCCAGAAGCACUGAGACCAGUCGAGUCUACACGUGGGCCCGUGGGAGAGUGGUUUCCAGUGACAGUGACAGUGACAGCGACUCGGAUCUCAGCUCCUCCAGCCUAGAGGACAGGCUCCCGCCGACGGGGGUCAGAGACUUGAAAGGCGACAAACCCGGGGGGCAGUCAGGCGGCCGCAUGGAGUCCCCCAAGAUGGAGCUCGCCCGCCCACCCAGCCACCUGUCAGGGAGCCAGAGCAGCCUGGCCAGCGAGCCCGGGACAGGCUCUGCAGACCCACAGAGGGGCACCCCACCCUGUCCGGACCCAAAGGGCCCCAGCAAAAGGCACACCCGGGCGAGUCCCCGCUGUUGAAGUGGCCUCCGCGACCCUCCGCCUACCUGGGCUGGGCCUGUGCGGGCUCGGAGCUGCAAGAGCUUGAGCGCCGGGGCCACUCCCUUCCUGGCUCCUUCCCGCCGGUCCUGGAGGCUCAUCCCACCCUGCCGGUGACCUCUGACUCAACGAACCAGUGUUUGGGAGGCUAAGGCUGCUUCUCCCGCCCAGUGCCUUUCUGCACCCUGCUCUGCUGGGAGCCCUCCUCACCCCUCAGCGUUCCACUGUCUUCACCUUUAUUUAUUGUGCCCCCGGAGCCCCCUCCGUCUACCCGUGUUUAUCUCAAGCUGGCUCUCCUCUUGGGUUGGGCUGGAAGGGCUUUCAGAACCCCUUGUGGGCCCGCGUGCACUGCAGCUUCAGCGGGCCUGGCUCUCUCCAUGUGUGUUAAAGGAAGACGUCCAGCCCUGACCAUUACCCUUCAGAGCUGAGCUUGGCCCCUAGAGAGGAGGGGUGGGGCCCAGAGCAGGUGGCAUGAGGGACUCGGCCCCCCGUCCCUCUGCUGUGGCUCCGGGAGGUGGGAGCAGCACCCUCCCCUGGCCCCCAGGUUCUCUCCGCCUCUCCCCAGCUGUGCAGCGAGAGGGUUCUGGUGAAGACUAUGAACUCACUCACUGAAGAGCUGCCUUCAGCCGAGUCCCCAGCUGGGGCCUAAGGCUCCCCUAAGCCAUUAAUUCACUUCUCCCCAGUAGGUUCAGUUUGGCAUGAAAAAUACUGAAUUCAAAGCACGGGCAAAUGCUCCUGGAAAAC